AUGGAUCCUAAUACCGAACCUUGGGUUUAUCCUCAAUUUUAUCCCUAUGGUAAUCAAGGAUGGCAUGACAGUAUACCUUAUAUUAAGAAAACGACACGAAGGGUAACUCGUGUAGACUAUUAUAAGUAUAAAUUAGCAAUUCGUGAUGAAUUUAAUGUUUUUCUGAUGGGCCGUCGUUUAACUCAGCAGUUCAACCAAAAAAAGUUACGGGCAGAAUCAUAUAAGGGGUUAUUAGAUCAUUUGAAAUCAAGAAAUGAAAAUAGUAAUAUACCUUGCAAUAUUGGUAAAGUAGUGAUACUACCUUCGACAUUCACCUGUUCUCCACGUAAUAUGUUACAACAGUAUCAGGAUGCGAUGUCAAUCGUUAGAAAAUUCGGUAAACCGGAUCUUUUUAUUACCAUGACUUGUAAUCCAAAGUGGAUUGAAAUUACAGAAAAUCUAUUACCAGGACAGACGGCUUCUGAUAGACCAGACUUAGUUGCACGUGUAUUUGACAUUAAAAAGAAUGCAUUAAUCAAACUAAUAACUAAGACUGAACUGUUCGGCAAAGUUAUUGCUUAUAAGUGGGUAAUUGAAUUUCAAAAGCGUGGGUUACCACAUCUGCAUAUGUUACUUACAUUGCAAAGUGGUUUUAAAAUUAAAACUCCCGAUAUUGUUGAUAAAUUUAUAUGUGCUGAAAUACCAAAUAAAGACCUUGAGCCCAAGCUAUAUGAUAUCGUUACAAGAAAUAUGCUUCACGGCCCCUGCGGUGAUUGGUGUUUAAUUGACGGAAAAUGUUCUAAAAAGUUCCCCAAAGCAUUUCGGAAUGAAACUGUUAUGGAUGAAAAUGGAUAUCCUUUUUAUCAACGUAAAAACGAUGGAAUGACAUUUACUCGAAACAAUGAAUUUAUUUUUGAUAAUCGAUACGUAGUACCAUAUAAUAAAACGUUACUUUUGACAUUCAAUUGUCACAUAAACGUUGAAGUAGUUGCAUCCUCCACAGCAGUCAAGUAUCUAUGUAAAUACUGUUACAAGGGUCAUGACCAAGCUGCAGUAACAAUUAAUGGUAAUCUGCAUAGUACAAACUCAGACACAACUCAUAAUACCCAACAUCCUCAAAAUGAAUCUGACGCUGCAGUGAACCACGAUGAAAUCCGCGAUUUUGUAGAUGCCCGGUAUGUAGGUCCCUUUGAAGCCGUUUGGCGAAUUACAUCAAAAGCAUUACAAGAUAAAAGCCACUCAAUUAUUCGUUUACCAAUACAUUUACAGAAUGAACAAAAUAUUACAAUAACCGAAGAUUGCGAUGAAACUGCUUUACAAGAAGCGUUACAAAACAAUCAAUGCUAA